AUGGUAGAAGAGGAAUUAGAUACUAAUUAUGAUGUUAUCGUCUUAGGUACAGGGAUUACCGAAUGUAUUUUAUCUGGGUUAUUAUCUGUAGAUGGAAAGAAAGUUUUACAUAUUGAUAAACAAGAUCACUAUGGUGGGGAAUCAGCCUCAGUGACACUAUCGCAAUUAUAUCAAAAAUUUAAACAACAUCCAAUCUCAAAGGAGGAAAGGGAAGCUAAAUUUGGCAAGGAUAGAGAUUGGAAUGUUGAUUUAAUUCCAAAAUUCUUGAUGGCAAACGGUGAAUUGACUAAUAUUUUAGUUCAUACAGAUGUAACUAGAUACGUUGAUUUUAAACAAGUAUCAGAUUCUUAUGUUUUUAAGGGGGGCAAAAUUUAUAAAGUUCCAGCAAAUGAAAUGGAGGCCAUUUCAUCACCAUUAAUGGGAAUUUUUGAAAAAAGAAGAAUGAAGAAGUUUUUGGAAUGGGUAAGUUCUUACAAAGAAGAUGACAUUUCUACACAUCAAGGAUUAGAUUUGGAUAAUAAUACUAUGGAUGAGGUCUACUAUAAGUUUGGACUUGGGAAUUCCACUAAGGAGUUUAUUGGUCAUGCUAUGGCUUUAUGGACCAACGAUGAUUAUAUACAACAACCAGCAAGACCAAGCUUUGAAAGAAUUCUUUUAUAUUGUCAAAGUGUAGCUCGCUAUGGUAAAUCUCCAUAUUUAUAUCCAAUGUAUGGGUUAGGUGAAUUACCACAAGGGUUUGCUCGUUUGUCCGCAAUCUAUGGUGGUACUUACAUGUUAGAUACUCCAAUAGAUGAAGUCGUAUAUAAAGAAGAUGGGAAAUUUGACGGUGUUAAGACCAAAUUAGGUACAUUCCAUGCGCCAUUGGUAAUUGCUGAUCCAACCUAUUUCCCAACUAAAUGUAAAUCAACCGGACAAAAGGUGAUUAGAGCGAUCUGUGUGUUAAAUCAUCCUGUCCCAGGUACAAAUAAUGCAGAUUCCUUACAAAUUAUUAUUCCACAGAGUCAAGUAAAUAGAAAAAAUGAUAUCUAUGUGGCUGUUGUGUCUGAUGCUCACAAUGUUUGUUCCAAGGGUCAUUAUUUGGCUAUUAUUUCUACAAUCAUCGAGACAGACAAGCCACAUAUUGAAAUUGAGCCUGCAUUCAAACUAUUAGGUACAAUUGAGGAAAAAUUUAUGGGUAUUGCAGAGUUAUUUGAACCAAAGGAAGAUGGAUCCAAGGAUAAUAUUUUCUUAUCAAGAUCCUAUGAUGCGUCAUCCCAUUUUGAAUCUAUGACUGACGAUGUUAAAGAUAUAUACUUCAGAGUCACUGGUCACCCAUUAGUCUUGAAGAAAAGAGAGGAUGCAGAACAACAAGAAUAA